AUGUUAAAUAUUGCUUAUUUUUUAUCAUUUCUAUUAAUUAUACAUGCUGAUAGUGAAGUAGAAACCACACAUGGGAAAGUCGUUGGAAGAUUAUUUAAAACAUUAUAUGAAGAAAAGAAAUACCAUGGAUUUAUGGGUAUACCUUUCGCUGCUCCCCCCAUAAAAGAUCAAAGAUUUAAGCCACCGCAACCAAUCGGACCUUGGGAUACAGUCUUACAAGCUACAGAGGUAAAACCAGCCUGUGUCCAAUAUAAUUUCAACAUUCGCAAAGGUCAACGAUUAGGACAGUACGGAGUGGAAGAUUGUUUGUAUCUAGAUAUUUAUACUCCUGGAAUAGAUGAAAAUGAACGACCCGUUAUUGUAUUUCUGUAUAACGAAAUAUUUAAAAACUCCUACAAUAAAACUAAAGACUAUGCUCCAGAUUUUUUCAUUGAAGAGGAUGUAGUUGUUGUUAUGAUAAGUCAUCGUUUGUCCGUAUUUGGAUUUCUAUCUUUCGAUGACGAAACACUGUCAGGUAAUGCAGGAUUGAAAGAUAUUGUAGCUGGAUUAGAAUGGGUUUCGAAUAAUAUAAACCAUUUCGGUGGUGAUCGAAAAAAAAUUACAUUAUUAGGUUCCCAAGGAGGAGCUGCCGCAAUAGAUUUACUAAUCCGAUCAAAGGCGAAAAUAUUAUUCAACUCAGCCAUCUUACAAAGUGGCACGUCUCUAAACCCUUCCUAUCUACAACAAAACGCUCGAAAAAGGGCGCUCAAACUGACCGAAUUGUUAGAAAUAGCUAGCUCAAGUACCAAUCGAAUUUUACGAGAAUUGAACGAUUUUCCUGCCUUAAAAUUAUUAACCAUGGAACUGAGGGCCUCUCCGCCCGAUUACUUCAAAGAAAAUCAAAGAGGUAUUUUAACUUUCGGACCCAUUGUUGAAAAAGAUUUAGAAGGACUCGUAACUGAAUAUCCAGAAAAUUCUUCUGAGAAUAUAAACAUACCUGUAAUGAUCGGGUUUAACUCACGAGAGGGAUUGGCGGAUUCCUUUAAAUAUCUUAUGGAGCCACAUUAUCUCAAAUUUGUGGAAAAGGAUUUUCCAUUUUUAACACCAGUGCGUUUAAAGUACACAUUCGAUCCGCUGUAUGAUAGCUACUUUAACGCUAUUAAUGAAAUAAAAAAGUUUUAUUUUACGGGGGGAAAAGUGACUGUAAACAGCGCUUCCGAAUAUAUAACGUAUAUGGGAGACCUCAAGUCUUAUGCAAUAGAUAAGAUGGCGAAAAUGUAUUCUAAUGUAUCAGCGAGCCCCAUCUAUUACUAUUACUUCGAUUAUUAUAGCGAAUUGAAUGAGAAUAAAGAUAAUUUAUUGAGAUUGUCAGUGGUGGAAGACGGUACAUGGGGUGCGGCGACCGGAGAUGAACUCUGCUAUUUAUUUAAAUGCCCUAAUAUCAAAAAUAAAUAUGUAAAAUAUAAAGAGUUAGACUCCGAAGAAGUCAAAAUACAAAGAAAAUUGAUAAAAAUGUGGGCUAACUUUGCCAGAUAUGGGAACCCAACUCCAGAAGACAGCAAUCCAUUAGAAAACGUUAAAUGGCCGCCGUACACAACGCAAACAAAAGAGUAUCUCCAUAUUAAUAAAAUUAUAGAAUUAAAAACAGAUUUAUUGAAAGAAAGAUUUAAAUUUUGGGAUGAAUUCAUUAGAAAAUGGGAAAUAACAGCUAAGGACGUGAGCAAAGUUUUUGGAAAUGUAAUUGUUGAUACAAAGUCUGGCAAAAUAGAAGGGAAAGAAGUCAAUUCAAUUAUAAAAAAUGAAAAAUAUUAUUCGUUCUUUGGCAUUCCUUAUGCCAAAACUCCCGUUGGGAAACUUCGCUUUAUGCCGCCAGUUCCUCAUGCAGGAUGGGAGAACGUAUUAGAAGCUACGAAAGAAAAAAAACAUUGUGCUCAGUACAAUUUACCUGUGAGAGGCACUAUACAAUAUGGAUACUGCGGAGAUGAAGAUUGUUUACACCUAAAUAUUCAUACCCCGAGCUUACCAAAAAAUAAUGACUUGAAACUCCCAGUCAUUGUAUUCUUAUAUAAUGAAUUAUUUAAAAUAUCUUAUAACGGUACAAAAGAUUAUCGUCCAGAUUUUUUCAUAGAAGAAAAUGUUAUUAUUGUGACUAUAAAUUACAGAUUAGGAGCUCUAGGAUUCCUGUCUUUUGAAGACAAAUUACUGCCGGGUAAUAAUGGAAUUAAAGAUAUAAUAUUGGCGUUAAAAUGGCUCCAAGAGAAUAUUAUUUACUUUGGAGGCGACCCUUCACGGGUAACUCUUAUGGGUAACAAUGAUGGUGCAACAUUAGUUGACCUAUUAAUAUAUUCACCAAAAGCUAAAGGAUUAUUCAGUGCGGCCAUAUUACAAAGUGGCUCAUCCCGAUAUCCAUACACGAUCGUGGAUAAGUCAAAAGAACGAGCAAUUACUUUAUCUGAAAAUCUUGAGCGCAAAGCAACUACGAGCGAGUCUUUAAUUGAACGUUUAUCGGAUAUGACAGCCUUUGAAAUUACUGAAAAAGAGUUUGGAGUAGUUCACGCUGAUGAAGCCAGAGCUAUCCAAAAAGGAGUAAUUCCGUUUGGACCCGUGUUAGAAAUCGAUCACGAUGACGCUGUCCUUACGAAACUUCCAGAAGAAACUUUCAUUGAUCUAACCAUACCAAUAAUGAUUGGAUUUAAUUCAAGAGAAUCUAUAGAAACAAACAGUCGUUAUCUUCGUAUGCCUCAGUACCUGACAUACGCUGACAGAGACUUUCUCAUGGUAUUUCCAAGAAGAACUGACUAUCACUUUGAAAUAAAUGAUAAAUUCUAUAAUGAAAUGAUUGACGAAAUAAAGAAUUUUUAUUUUAAAGAAGGGUAUGUUAAAAUUGGAAAGAUAAAUGAAUAUAUUACAUAUACGGACGACAUUAUGACAAUUUACCCCACUACUUACACUGUUAAACAAUAUUUAAACACGUCUAGAGCACCAGUUUAUUAUUACAUGUUCGACUACAGUGGUGAAUUAAACUUCAGAAAAAAGACGGUUUUAACUGAAGCUACUACUUUUGAUGGUACUUGGGGAGCUUCAGUAGGAGAUGAUUUAUGUUAUUCAUUUAUGUGCACAAAAUGGAGAAAAACUUAUGGAAAAUUAUUAGAAAGUGAAGAAUCUGAAGAAAUAAAAAUCUUAAGGACCAUGGUUAAAAUGUACACAAAUUUUGCGAAGACUGGAAAUCCGACACCUCCUGGAAGCGAUUUCAUUUGGACACCGGCCACAAAAGAAAACAGGGAAUGCUUAGUGAUUAGCGACGAAUUAAAAAUUGUGCCAAGACUCUAUGAUGAAAGAAUUAAAUUUUGGGAUGAUUUUAUAGAAAAAUAUAGAAAAAUGGCUGUAAACGGCAUAGUUAAAGAUGUAAAGGAUGAAUUA